CAAUCAGCAUACGCGGGAGGGCGGGGUUUGUGGGGCUGACUGUGUGCGGCCCGGGCGUCCCUCUCCCCAGUCUCCCCGCUGUCGGGCCGUGGCUGUGCAGGGAUGGCGGGGGCCGGGAUGAUGCUUUGGGCCCUGGCAGCGGCGUGCUUGGCUGGUGUCUCCGGUGAUGAGUUUAGUGUCUUACGAUCACCCCAAUCUGUCGUUUUCCGAGAUGGAAGUUGGCCAGUACCAGGGGAGCGGAUCCCAGACAUAGCUGCAUUAUCCAUGGGCUUUUCUGUUGAAGAAGACCUUUCCUGGCCUGGGCUUGCAGUGGGUGAUAUAUUUCAUCGUCCUCGAGCUACUGUUCUGGUUACUGUGAAGGGAGUAGACAAGCUGGCGAUGCCUAAAGAUGGAAUUUCUUACCCUGUUGAGAAUGCUGUUCCUUUCAGUCUUGACAGUGUUGCAAAUGCUAUUCACACCUUGUUCUCUGAGGAAACCCCUGUAGUCUUGCAGUUGGCUCCCAGUGAGGAAAGAGUUUAUAUGGUGGGAAAGGCAAACUCUGUAUUUGAAGACCUUUCUGUCACGCUGCGACAGCUACGGAACCGCCUUUUCCAGGAUAACUCCAUUCUCAGUUCAAUUCCCCUCAACUCUCUCAGCAGAAACAAUGAGGUUGACCUGCUUUUUCUGUCAGAACUACAAGUCCUGCAUGAUAUCUCCAGCUUGCUGUCUAGACAUAAGCAUCUGGCGAAGGAUCACUCCCCAGAUUUAUAUUCACUGGAACUGGCUGGCUUGGAAGAGAUUGGGAAACGGUAUGGGGAAGAUUCUCAGCAAUUCAAGGAUGCCUCUCAGAUUCUUGCUGAUUCCCUGCAAAAGUUUGCAGAUGAGAUGUAUAAUCUCUAUGGUGGGAAUGCCGUAGUAGAGGUGGUGACUGCAAAGACAUUUGAUACUCCCCUUGUGAGGAAGAGUCGAUCCAUUCUCCAGACUGAAGAGAGCACCUCAUAUAACCUAGGGUAUUCAUACAACUUCAACUAUGCUGUGGUCUUCAACAUAAUUCUGUGGCUCAUGAUAGGCCUUGCAUUAGCCGUGAUUAUAAUCUCCUACAACCUCUGGAACAUGGAUCCUGGCUAUGACAGCAUUAUUUACAGGAUGACAAAUCAGAAGAUAAGAAUGGAUUGAACUUCAGUCUAGGGAACGGAGUAUGGCCGCUUCUGAAGUGUGUUUAAAAUAAUAUUUUGGCAUGGUUAAAUGUGGACGUCUUUAAAGGUGCUUUUAUUUCUCUAAUGGUUCCUUGUGUUUUCUUUAGUCUCUCUUUAGACACUAGUAGUACUACCAGAGUGGAUUUACAAAGCUGAAUCUACCGCCUGCUCUAAAACCAUGCCCUAAUUAUUACUAAACUAUAUAACUUCAUUCCAUUUUGGUAACACAAAAUGAAUUUUAGAAAUAAUACAUUGUAUUCCUUGUGAUUAAAUAUGUGGAAAAAAAUGCACUGAAAUGAUAGCAACUUUCUGAUUUAAACUUUUUACACUGGAGGUUUAGAAACUAUUGUUAAGCUGCGUUGUAUAUUAUGAACCAGAUGUAAAUGUUUAUGUUGAUGUAAAUAUUUCUAAUGGUACAUGUAGUGUUCAGGGAAAAAACAGAUUAUAGCCCUAUUUAUGUAAAGCCUUCACUAUGGGAAUAGUUCCACAAGAACAAUUCUGGUUGAAACAGUAUUUGGAUUUUUUACAUUCCAGCCACCACCAUGUACCAUAGCCAAAAUGAGGCUUGGUGUAGAUCUUAACAUCAGCUCACUGCUGCAUUUAAAAGGACUGCAGAAAGAUAAUAGGUAAGAACACUGGUGUGGUUGGACUAUACAGUUAGGAAACUACAAAUAUAGAAAAUAGUCUGGGUGCUUAAAGUUUAAUGUAAUAUACUGUAGAAGCUUACAUUAUGAUGCUUCUAAUUCUUUCCAUGUAUGUUAUUAAUUGUAGCUGUUCAAACACCUGUUUUUGGUGGUAGAAGUGGACCAAUAACUGGCACUUAGCCAUACUCCAUUUUUAUUACUCAUGUGCUUCAACCAUUUAAUAAACAGAACAAGUAACAUUU